CUCGGUAGGGGACCGGAAGGUUUAGGGACUCGGUGCCCCUCAUCCGGGAGACCCCGACCCCCAAGGUCACUGCUAGCUAAGUGGGUGAUACACGGGAAACCUGUUAUGAGCUCCUCAUGGGGACAAAGCGUGUGUCGGCUCCCAGGCGUUUCAGAGCCCGCGGGGGCGCAAACUUGGCUUCAUGGUCGCCACUUCGCACACCCAGGGCAAAUUUGGAACUCCAGGGAAACAAAAACCAUAUUAUUCGCCUUCCUUUACGGACUUGGGUUCCCUCCGGCUGCUCGGUUCAUUGGGGUUCUGAGUCUGUGGUUCUGAUGUCAGAAACUCAAGAGAGACUAGUUUGGGAGUGCAUGCACGGAGGGUCGCCGCCGGGAGGAGUUGGCGAUCUGAAUUUUAAUAAAAAUCCUUCCCUGCUCGCUGGUUUCUCUCACCAAUUUGGGAUAGGGUCUGGUGGGUUAAAUGCCAUCCUUUGCUGUUAACUAGCUCUGGUUGGGUUAAGUGAGGAGCAGGUUCAUUGGUGCAGUGAACAUGUGUGAUCUAAUUUUAACCCCACCAGCAACCUUUUGCUUGUGACAUUCAUUACCCCCAUUUUACAGAUAAGGAAAGUCGAGGCACUGGGCACUGGAGGGAUUUGCCCAAGCUUCCACCACAUUUACAGAUAUGCACGGGCCCUUUUUGCAACUAGAGCUCAGCUCAUCCUUAGUUGACGUUGGCCAUCUGUGUUUGAAAAGUGGAAAGGUGGCUGGAAACCCAGCCUCAGCGCAGCCUUGUUAGCCACAAACCGAUGACUUUUGCCCAUUCUGGUUAAGGUCUGGGUUCACCUUGUUCCCCCAAUCCUAGUGAGACCAAGCGUGAAAACCCCUGCUUUUUUAACUUCUCCGUGGAAAGCACUGCAUUACCAUGCUGAGCAAACCCCCCCAAACAAAACUAACUCUGUUUACUUCUAAAUCAGAACAAAAGAACCUUUGGAGUCUGGAGAACAGGACCAAAAAAAUCAGGAAAUUAAGGGCUCAGCUUCCCUCUUAGCCUUUCCCAUUGUGUCUGUCAUAACCCAAGGGGCAGACAGAGCCCCCUCCAGCCCUUCCUUUACAGUGGCCAAAGCUAUAAUGAUGCCCUUAGAAAGUCCCCCCGAUAUCUUCUUGGGAAAAAAAUUGGCUCCUCCGAGCUGUCCCCAGGUCUCUCUCUUCUAGCGCUCUAGCUUAGGGUCAUUUGCAUGAGAACGGAUUCCUUUGUGCAGAGUUGGCCUGCCUGUUCUCUGUCCACCCUUACACUCCUUGAAGUCUUCGUGUUGGGUUGCUAGGCAGAUAUGACCCUGGCUUGCAAAUAAGCUCACUGCAUUUACUAGCCUGUGAGAACUUCAACUUGGGAAACUUCACAGAAACAUGAAGCCCUCAACCAUCUGGAGCUCAGAAACAUAUUUGAGGCUGACUGCAGCUUCUAGAACAUCCAGGUGUUCUGCAGAUGUGAGAAUUCGUCCUGUAGUCACCAGAUGGAGUCUCAAACAGAUGCAAGGCUUAUGCUGUGGUUCUAACACUCCUGAAGAAAGAGGGGUCACUUUCUAGGUGGCUAAAGAGCAGUCAUUGACACUGGUGUCUAACUUUGAAUAUAACCUGUCAUCUUACUGAGCCGUGGUGGGAAAACUGACUACAGGGGAUCAAGCCAAAUUAGGAGUUACAAGUUUCCCCGACUCUCUUGAAUUAGGAUUCCAGACGGGGGCGUCUCAUUUUUAUAGCCCCCAUCACUCCUGCAGCCAUUGUCACUGCCACCACUGGUGCCACCAGUAUCUUCUUGCAAACUCCAUCCCUACUCCCCAGGGACUCCCUGCAUUGAAAGUGAGCAGAAAAGGAGCUCUUGGAAAAGUCUCAACAAUCGGAUCCUCCCCUCACCACCAUGGGCUGGCUUUUUCUAAAGGUUUUGUUGGUGGGAGUGAGUCUCUCAGGAUUUCUUUAUCCUUUUGUGGAUUUUUGUAUCAGUGGGAAAACAAGAGGCCAGAAACCAAAUUUCGUGAUCAUUUUGGCUGAUGACAUGGGGUGGGGUGACCUGGGAGCAAACUGGGCAGAAACAAAGGACACUGCCAACCUUGAUAAGAUGGCUUCAGAAGGAAUGAGGUUCGUGGACUUCCACGCAGCUGCCUCCACCUGCUCACCCUCACGGGCCUCCUUGCUCACGGGCCGGCUGGGCCUUCGCAAUGGAGUCACGCACAACUUUGCAGUCGGCUCUGUGGGGGGCCUUCCGCUCAACGAGACCACCCUGGCCGAGGUGCUGCGGCAGGCCGGCUACGUCACUGGGAUGAUAGGCAAAUGGCAUCUUGGGCACCAUGGCUCUUAUCACCCCAACUUCCGUGGUUUCGAUUACUACUUUGGAAUCCCAUAUAGCCACGACAUGGGCUGCACUGAUACCCCGGGCUACAACCACCCUCCUUGCCCAGUGUGUCCACAGGGUGACGGGCCACCAAGGAACCCCGAAAGAGACUGUUACACGGACGUGGCCCUUCCCCUCUAUGAAAACCUCAACAUCGUGGAGCAGCCGGUGAACCUGAACAACCUUGCACGGAAGUAUGCUGAGAAAGCAACCCAGUUUAUCCAGCAUGCCAGUGCCAGCGGAAGACCCUUCCUGCUCUAUGUGGCCCUGGCCCACAUGCACGUGCCCUUAUCUGUGACCCAGAUCCCAGCAGCCCCAGGGGGCCGCAGGCUGUAUGGUGCAGGUCUCCAGGAGAUGGACAGCUUGGUGGGCCAGAUCAAGGACAAAGUUGACCGCACAGCAAAAGAAAACACAUUCCUCUGGUUUACAGGAGACAAUGGUCCUUGGGCUCAGAAGUGUGAGCUGGCGGGCAGUGUGGGGCCCUUCAUUGGAUCCUGGCAAACUCGUCAAGGGGGAAGUCCAGCCAAGCAGACCACCUGGGAAGGCGGACACCGUGUCCCGGCACUGGCUUACUGGCCUGGCAGAGUCCCAGUCAACGUCACCAGCACUGCCUUGUUAAGCGUGCUGGACAUUUUCCCCACGGUGGUGGCCCUGGCCCAGGCCAGUUUGCCCCGAGGCCGGCACUUUGAUGGUGUGGACGUCUCCAAGGUGCUCUUUGGCCGGUCGCAGGCUGGGCACAGGGUGCUGUUCCACCCCAACAGCGGGGCCGCUGGAGAGCUCGGAGCCCUGCAGACCGUCCGCCUGGAGCGUUACAAGGCCUUCUACGUGACCGGUGGGGCCAAAGCAUGUGACGGGAGCAUCGGGCCUGAGCAGCACCACGAGCUUCCCCUGAUGUUCAAUCUAGAGGACGAUGCUGCAGAAGGUGCGCCUCUAGAGAGCGGCGGUGCCGAGUACCAGGCCGUGCUGCCCAGGGUCAGGGAGGUUCUUGCCGAUGUCCUUCAAGACAUUGCCAGCGACAACAUCUCCAGAGCGGAUUACACUCAGGAUCCCUCAGUAACUCCCUGCUGUAAUCACUACCGAGUUGCCUGCCGCUGCCAGACCGCGUAACAGACCAGUCUGACCACGAGGAGGGAAUAUCUGGAAAUGAGAUGGGCGAGCUCACUCCUAGACUUCAGCUUUACCCUCUUUACACCCAUACGCUUUAAAAAUAAGUCUCGGAAUUUAGUUUUGUAGCCCCCGCCUUGCAUACCACGCCUGCCUACUGUCCCCUCCUCCAUGCCGGCUGGAGAGGACAGCCGAGCUGAGCCGGCUCUGGGGCAGGGAACGUGCUGUCGUGGGAAGCACGUGGGCUCUGGAGUCGGGCACGGGUUCGAGCCCCAGCUUUUGAACUUGGACAAUUAUUUAACCUAACUUGCAAGUUGAUUUUCGAGGGUUAAAUAAGGCAAUACGUGAAAAUGCCUGGUACGUUACCUGACACAGAGAAGACGCCCAAUACAUCUUAGUUUCCCUUUUU